AUGCUUCACGUUAUUCGCCCAAGACCAGAGUUAAGUGAACUCAAGUUUCCCAUAACUAAAAUCCUAAAAGUUAAUAAACAGGGGUUAAAGAAAUAA